GUCUGCGCUUUGGCGUUGCGAUCUUUGGUCCAGAGCUUUGCGGCUCCUGACACUGUCGAGAGGUGCGGUAGUGGUGACGUUAUGGAGAUGGACAUUGACUCAGUUACACCUGGCUGCAAGAUGCAUCUGAUAUAUGGAGACGAGUACUGUGGGUCUGUGGCCAAGUGCAUGUUCUCCAUCUUCCGAUGCAUGAUCGGCGAUUGCACAUCAGCAGGUGGAAGAUCUUUGACAAUGAUCUUCAGUAAUGGCUUUGGCCUUCGCUUCGACAUACUCUAUGCCUUCAGCAUGGUUUGUGUACUCUUCGGCCUGUUCAACAUCAUCACCGCAAUUUUUGUGGAAGCCACAUUGAACGGCCUCAAAGAGACGGAGAUCCAGCGGAAGUAUGCAAAAGCAUAUGAAACCAGCUACAUGACGGAGCAACUGGCUAAGCUUGUUGUUUGCGUGGCCAGCCAGACACAGAUGAUGCGAUCCAG